UUGCUCCCCGGCUCAAAGCUCAAAGCGACGCCGACUCCCCCUCCUCAACUUUAAAGGCCGCCCCAUCGCUGCAGCAGUUCAUCCCAGCUCUCAAAAUUCCCCACCUUGCUCCACAGUUCUGCACCUCGCCAGCCGCUGGACAUGAAGAAGGCGGCGGCUGUUGCGUCCGUGGCCAAGGCGCAGGCGCACGGCUCCAAUGGAACCACCGGGCGCAGGCCACGGAAGCGGAGCCGCGACGGGGACCUUGCCAGCCACUGUGAUCUCACCACGGAUGAGGAUCUCAUCAGCAAACUUCCGGAUGACAUCCUUGGCACCAUAAUUUCGCUCCUCCCAACCAAGGACGGCGCUCGCACGCAGGCCCUCGCUCGCCGUUGGCGCCCGCUCUGGCGCUCAUCCCCUCUCAACCUCGAGGCCAACUACCGCCUCUGCUCCAGCCAGUUCAAGCGCAUACCCAUUGUCUCCAAGAUCCUCUCUGACCACACUGGCCCUGCCCGCCGCUUCGUCUUUAACUUCAUCCGGCUUCACAAAGACAGAAAAAGGUUUGCUGAAGAAGCUCUUCAGAUCGAGAGCUGGUUCCGUUCUCCAGCCCUCGCAAAACUUCAGAAUCUUUGCAUCAGCUUCCGACUCUUGGAGGAUACACAUGGGGAUAAGAUGCUUUACCCGCUGCCACCAUCGGUGUUCCUCUGCGCACCAACCCUUGUGGUUGCUAGAAUCAGCUUCUGUUAUUUCCCAAAGGAGAUAGUUCCUUCUGGGUGUUUCCCCUUGCUCAAGCAGCUCCAGCUAUGUUGGGUUUCCAUCUCCGAGGAUGUCUUCCAUGGGGUGCUCUCUGCUUGCCAUGUCUUGGAGUCACUAUAUCUAUGGAGCAUUGCUGAUGUGGGCUGCUUCCACAUUAGCUCGCCAACUCUUAGAAGCGUUGGCCUCUGCACUUGUUUUUCGGGCAAAGGAGAGUUGGUUGUUGAGGAUGCCCCUCUCCUUCAAAGGCUGCUACUACCUUAUCCGGGCCAAGGUGGUGAUACUAUCCGGGUAAUUAAGGCACCUAAACUGGAAAUAUUGGGCCUUUUGUCACCCAGCAUCUCUGAAAUCAAGAUUGAAAACCUACUCUUGAAGAGUUUAACCCCAGCCAGCUUCAAGAAUACAGUAAGCACCGUGAAGAUUUUGUCUCUUCAGUUUUCUGUCCCAGAUUUGAAUGCUGUUAUUGAUGUCUUAAGGUGCUUCCCGUGUUUGGAAACGCUCUGCAUCACUUUGCGGGAAUCCUUAAAGAUGCCACUGAAAGAUGGGCGUGAGUAUGACCCACUGGAUCCGGUGAAAUGCCUUGAGACACAUCUCAAAAAAUUAGUGAUGACGGAUUAUAAGGGCGAUGAGCAAGAUAUUGGCUUUGUGAAGUUCUUUGUUUUGAACGCGAAAGUGCUAAGGGAGAUCAGACUUAUAGUCAACAAGGAGAUCAGCAAGGAAUGGUUGGCUGAUCAAUACAGGCUGCUAGAAGCUGAAAGUAGAGCUUCUCAAGACGCACAACUGGAAUUCAUACAAAGUGAUUCUAUGGUUUUGAAUGCUAAUGAUUUGUCAAUUGCUGAUCCCUUCUCCUCCUAUCUUUUCGAUGGAUGCGACUUCGGAUGAAUAAUACCCAGUCGUCUCCAACUCUCCAUUGAGUUCGGUUUAGCCCUAAAUAAUGUAUUGCCUUUUGCUUGUUACGUAGACAAUGUUGGUGCUCCAAGAUUGUGUGAUGUCUUUUGUCAAAUCCUUAAAUUCGAUAUUGCUGCUCUAAUGCCCUUUGUAGUUCCCAGCAGGUUAUCUCAUGCAAACAUUGUUCACUGGGAACUAUUAAACUCACCAAACUCCUACUGCGCUGUCUUUUGUCGAAGUAUGGAUGCUUUCUAGUUUCUUACAGUUUCAGUCAACAAUGCAUUGCUUGUGUCGAAAAGUUUUCUUCUGUUUCAAUCAAUGAUUGAUGUUGAAUACUCUAUAGUUCCUUUUUGAGAUAGAAAUCAUUGGCUCAUUAUCCAGUGGUUGAAUGGUUGAAGACUCAUCUAAAAAAAUGAUAGGGUCUUCCAUAAUAAGAGUAUCCCGUUGCAUGUAAUGUUAGAUAUGAUCUUUGGGUCAUUGCGGGCGCCAAAAGAUUGGGCGAUAUCAUGCUGAGAGAGUAGGCCUUGUAUUUUUAUUAGGACAUUAACAUGUUCUUUCUUGUAAAACUUCUUAAUCAUAGA